GGCCAUCUUUCGGCGUAACCUCAACGGUGCAGCUUCCUUUGCUAAAUACAGAGAGCAGCCGAGGUUUCGUCCUCCAGCUAAAAGCUACUACUAUGGCCUCAACUGAGAUAGCAAGGCAAGCGGGUGAAGGUGCUCGUGCUGUACCUCUGGCUGGUCAUGUUGGUUUUGACAGCAUGCCUGACCAGCUGGUCAACAAGUCUGUCAACCAUGGAUUCUGCUUUAACAUCCUCUGUGUUGGUGAGACUGGUCUGGGAAAAUCCACACUGAUGGACACACUGUUCAAUACCAAGUUUGAAGGCGAACCCACCCAACACAACCAGCCAGGAGUCACACUCAAAUCCAACACCUAUGAACUGCAGGAGAGUAACGUGCGCCUUAAACUCACUGUCGUUAACACAGUGGGCUUUGGAGACCAGAUCAAUAAAGAAGACAGCUACAAGUCUAUUGUGGAGUUUAUAGAUGCCCAGUUUGAAGCAUACCUUCAAGAAGAGCUGAAAAUCAAGCGUACGCUACACAGUUACCAUGACACCCGCAUCCAUGCAUGCCUCUACUUCAUUGCUCCCACGGGUCACUCACUUAAAUCCCUGGAUUUGGUGACUAUGAAGAAACUCGACAGCAAGGUUAAUAUAAUUCCAAUCAUCGCCAAGUCAGAUGCUAUCUCCAAGAGUGAGCUGGCCAAGUUCAAGAUCAAGAUCACCAGUGAACUGGUCAGCAAUGGUGUGCAGAUCUACCAGUUCCCCACUGAUGAUGAGUCUGUGGCAGAGAUCAACUCAACUAUGAAUAGCCAUUUGCCAUUUGCUGUGGUGGGGAGCACAGAGGAAGUGAAAAUUGGAAACAAGAUGGUGAAGGCCCGGCAGUACCCCUGGGGAACAGUGCAGGUGGAAAACGAAAAUCACUGUGACUUUGUCAAACUGCGAGAGAUGCUGAUCAGAGUGAACAUGGAGGACCUGCGAGAGCAGACGCACACACGCCAUUACGAACUCUACCGCAGGUGCAAACUGGAGGAGAUGGGCUUUAAGGACACAGACCCUGACAGCAAACCCUUUAGUCUGCAGGAGACAUACGAGGCUAAAAGAAAUGAGUUCAUGGGUGAGCUGCAGAAAAAAGAAGAAGAAAUGAGGCAAAUGUUUGUUCAGAGAGUCAAAGAGAAGGAGGCUGAACUUAAAGAAGCAGAAAAGGAGCUGCACGAGAAGUUUGAUCGUUUGAAGAAACUCCACCAGGAUGAGAAAAAGAAACUGGAGGAAAAGAAGAAGACCCUGGAUGAUGAGCUCAACAUGUUCAAACAGAAAAAGACUGCUGCAGAGCUCUUGCAGAACCAAGCCCAGCAAGCAGGGGGAUCCACCACACUCAAGAGGGACAAAGAGAGGAAAAAUUAACUCCUCCCACACUUGCUGCAUGCUGCAUGAAGCACCUUUUCUGUAAUCCCUGGCUCUGCACUGAGUAGGUCCUCAGCCCUCAAGCUUUGCUAAACGACCAACGUUUGUGGGUACUGAGUACCUCAGUUGUGACCAGAGGCUUUGUGGACCCCAUCCUUCAGGGUUUCUUAACCAUUACCUGCUCUGCAUUAUAUGGGUUAAUGUGUAUCUGUGUGUUUGCUGCUUAUCUAACCUCACCUCAUGUUGAGCUGUCUAACUCUUGCUUUACUGCAUAUUGAACUGUUUUUUAUUGUCUUUGUAUUUACUAACACCUUUGCACUUCCAUUCAGAUGGAUAUUACAUGCACAUAAACGUUUGCAUUUAUUGUUAGAUUAGUAUAUUAUGUUUACAGUUUGGUGCACAGUGCAGACAUUCACAUAUGUAAAACACCCUGCUGAGUGCAUUCAUCACUUAAAAAUCAUACAGCAUCAUCAACACACACAGUAUCACCUUUAUCUGAUGCUUAAUGUGUGUAAUGUGUAUGAUCACUAGGGUUUUAGCACUUGAUUAUGUGUCUGUGAUAAUAAAACCUAAAUCUUUUUUCUCCCUCGUCUUAGAUGCACUUCUCAAUGUUUGGCUCAAGCCUGUCUGUGUUUCUGCUUUGACAUCUCUAACUGCUGGAUUUCUGUCUUUGUCUCUUUAGCUUCUUUUAAUCUGUCUUGACCACCUGAAGAGGGGAUUGCAGCUUCAGCAAGAACUAAGCAACCUUUACCUCUUCCCGUUUCUCUCACUGUAUUGACUUUUAUUUUAGUUUUUUUCCCCAUUGCAUCUCCCUUGUUGAACAUGGCCUUAUGUGGACUCGCAUGGUAUUUCUGACCACCUAAUGAAGCUAAGGUUGGGAACUGGGCACAGUUAAAUCCGCUAUUAUGUCUUAAUUUACUGUAUAUAAAGAGGCUCUUAUGUCAUUUAGUAGAAGUCAUCAGUGGGGUUCAUACAUUUACAGGAUUCAUGGGUGAAACCAUUAUUUGAUUUUUACUUGAAUGAAAUUUGCAGUGAUCUGCACUAUGCACACAUCUUUUCAACAGGAAAUUUAAUUCCUACUACGAAGCACACAUCAGAACAAUGCGCCACUAAAACAUUGAGGCUCGCUGAUUACAAAUAAACUUGUCAAGGACAGAAGCAUUUAAUGCAUUAUGUAUAAUGUGUUAUGAAUUAGAAGUCAUGUUAUUUUAUUCAUUCUAGUUACAUUUGAAAUGAAAUCUCAUGAGCAUUUUUGAAGUAUGAAAUCACCAUAUACACAAAAACCUAAAUAAAUGAUCAUAAAUAAUCAGUCAUAAUCAUGCAGAAGCCAAAGCAAUAUGUUAUUCUUACCACUUCAUUUGAUGGUGACCUGUUUACAUGUCACUGUUGGAUACCAUGGAGGUCACAUGAAAUGGCCUUUUAGACAUUGUGCUUUAAAAUUCACCAGCCUAUUCUAUAUUUUGCAUGCAUCUUUUUAUUUCAAUACCGCUGUGAUCUUUGACCUUUGACAUGCUUGUUUUAUCCCCUUAAUAACUCAGUUUAUGCAGUCUGUUUCAACUUCGUCAUUGUUUUCUUCAUAUGGUGCAUAUUAUUAUUAUUGUAUAUUUGCUCUGUCCUAUGAUUUCAGCUCUCAUUUUGCCAAAUAUUAGUAUAAGAUGAAGUUGAACUGAAUCCCAGAUAGGAGUAUUAAAGAAUACUCGUGCAUUUAUAUAAUUUAUAAGGAUAUAUUUUGUGUAUUGAAGUGAAAACUUGUUGUUUAUUACCUAUGAUCUUUGGACGUGACUCUGAGUGUAAAGUAACAUUUUGGUGUCAGAAAAUGCCAUACAUUUUUCUAAGUAUCAGUCAUCACCUCUUGUAGUCAAAAACUCUCCCACUCUACAAAUGAUUCAAUAUCUUACUUAAGUUUGAUUCCAUUGAUGUACAUUUUCAAUAAAAAAUGUGAUCCAAAA